UGGCCGAUUCAGUUCAUGGAACUGCGCGCCAUUAACACGAAGAAGAAGAAUCGUCUAUUGGUGUAUUCUGCUGCUGCGAGACUUUGCCCAAAAAAGCUACAGUUGUUUGAAAUAAUGCUUGCGUUAAGAGAUUACGGUAGCAGUGAUGAGAAUAGUGAGCCGGAAAAUGAAAACGCUACCAGCGAAAACAAGGUUGAAAGUGCCGACACGAAUAACAGUUUAUUGUCCGAACCAGUCAUAAACAAAUCGACGACUCUACUUAACCUACAAAUUUGUUCCGCUCCAGAAGUCGUACCUAUUGGAACGGAAUUAUGUGUAAAACAUGUAGAUUCUACCACAAAAGAAGUUAUGCAUAAUCCAAAAUACGAGGAACUGUUCGCACCGGAAGUGGGACCAGAAAAUCCGUUUAAAACGCAACAGCAGCGAGCAGUGAAAAAUAUAUUAUCCGGCUAUGUGGAGCGUGCACACAUCAGCGAAUUCCAGUUUGAGAAUCAAAGAAGAACGUUUGCUAGUUAUGGAUACGCACUAGAUCCAACUGUGGACGGUAGCACGGAUGAAGGUAAAGUAAUGAUUGGCGCAAAAGAAGCCGCUGAAGAAUCUGGUGGCAAGACUGUCUUCGAGAAUGUUGCCUUGAGGCCUUCGGACAAAAGAAAGAGACACCGAAAUAACGAUCCAACGGAUAUAGAAGGCUUUCUAGGACCGUGGGGCGGAUACGUGGACGAAAAACGGGUUAUAAAGCCCAGCGAGGAAGAAGCUGCCGAACUGGAGGAAAUACUGGCGAAACGAAAUAAGCGGGGAAAGCAGACGGAAGAGAAACCGUUGGAGGAGAAGACAGUGUUACACAUCAAAGACAGCGUGGAUUAUCAAGGACGUUCGUUCUUACACGCGCCUCAGGACGUGGGUGUGAAUCUCCGAUCGGAAUCUCCACCCGAUCGUUGUUUCUUACCGAAGGCGCAAAUUCAUACGUGGGAGGGUCACACGAAAGGCAUUUCACAGAUUCGAUGGUUCCCCCAUACCGCUCAUUUAUUGUUAUCUUGCAGCAUGGAUUGCAGAGUGAAGUUGUGGGAAGUAUACAAGGACAGGAGAUGCGUCCGUACGUAUUAUGGACAUCGUCAAGCGGUACGCGACAUAAGUUUCGACAACGACGGCAAGCGAUUCCUAUCGGCAGCCUACGAUCGUUACGUAAAACUGUGGGAUACGGAAACGGGAGCUUGCAUUAGUCGCUUCACGAGCAGGAAAAUUCCGUACUGUGCCAAAUUCAAUCCCGACCCGGACAAACAGCAUCUCUUUGUGGCCGGCACCAGCGAUAAAAAAAUUAUCUGUUGGGAUAUACGUUCCGGGGAAAUAACGCAGGAAUACGAUAGACAUUUAGGCGCCGUAAACACUAUAACAUUCGUAGACGAAAAUCGUAGAUUUGUUACGACCUCCGACGAUAAGAGCCUGCGCGUUUGGGAAUGGGACAUUCCGGUGGACAUGAAAUAUAUAGCUGAUCCAUCUAUGCAUUCGAUGCCAGCGGUAACACCGUCGCGAAAUCAGAAAUGGCUCGCCUGUCAGAGUAUGGAUAACAAGAUAGUCAUAUUUUCUGCAUUGAACAGAUUCAAGAUGAAUCGGAAAAAGACUUUCACGGGUCACAUGGUCGCUGGAUAUGCGUGCGGUUUAGAUUUCUCCCCAGACAUGAGCUAUCUAGUAUCGGGCGACGCGGACGGUAAAUGCUACAUAUGGGAUUGGAAGACAACAAAAUUGUAUAAAAAGUGGAAGGCGCACGACGGAGUGUGCAUCGAUGUGCUCUGGCAUCCGCACGAGCCUUCCAGACUUGCCACAGCCGGAUGGGACGGCAAGAUCAAGUAUUGGGAUUAACGGACACGAACACGGCAUAGCUGUAUAUAUAUAUUGUAAAGAAGAAAAAGAAAGGAUGAAUGAUGCAUGGACGCGAGGCAGUGUGUAUAUAAGUAUUUUUAUAUGUUGUAGACUAAAUAUUUCAAAUUGACUAUUUUAAUCA